AUUGAGCGGGCCCGGUCAUGUCAGGAUCAGGCGUCUCCGCAGACACACGGCCGCCUGCUCGCCGGCGGGACACAAAAAAAGCCCCGAAGCAGCCAAGCCGGCAGCCCGAGCCUGCAGCCCCGAAGCAGCCAAGCCGGCAGCCCGGGCCUGCAGCCCCGAAGCAGCCAAGCCGGCAGCCCGAGCCUGCAGCACCGAAGCAACCAAGCCGGCGGCCUGAGCCCGCGGCGCCAACACCGCCGCGCACAAAGCCAGAGCAGCGAAGUGUGGCCACCUGGACACACCAGGACGACCAGGAGAUACCAAGGUAUUUCGUGAGCGAUCUGCCGUGGAAGGCGCAGCGACGAGUGCGGCGGGAAAUGCCGCUCGAGCGCGUCCCGUGGCCGUUUCGCGGCCGUACGAUCACGGAGGCCGACGUGCGGUCGCAGGGCGCUCGGCUCCCGGACCCUCCUGGGCUACAGGCUUGCGCCCUCUGUGGUGUCACUGUGUACUUCAAGUGCCACUAUCAGGGGGCCCUGCACGCGGCCAAGACCAAGGCGGCGCGGGACGGCAGACGUCAGCAGACACCGACCCUGACCGCGCCGCCCCCGGAGCUUCCCGACCGGGACCUCGCGGCCUUGUGUAUAGAAAGGAUGGUGACAAGUCCGAACUUUGCGGCCCUCGUCGGUACCGCUCCGCCAGCGGCUGCUGCGAGCGCACCGUCCGCGGACGACGGUGUCAACGACCUGCUGGUGGACUUUAGUGACGAGAACUUUAUUUGA